AUGAAUGUCUCCCAACAGUCGCCGUUCGUGUCGGACCCCUUUGGCGCAGGUCGCCAACCUUCCCCUCAUCAAUCCAUCAACUUCAAGUCCAACAAUCCCUUCAGGAAUCGUGCCUUGUCCCCCGCCGCCACUUCUCCUGCAUUCGCUCCCCGUCCCGAGCGUCCCUUGUCUACCAACCCCUUUAUUGACAAUACCGAGGCGCUCUCCUUCCAGUCUGCCCGUCAAUCCUUGGUGCCAGUAGUGCCGUCGACUACGAGGCCGGACUUCACGAACCAAGCGCGUGAACUCUUUGGCAAUCUUUCGAUCAGUUCUCCCUCCCAGGUGAAUGACUACCCCGCAUCAAAUAACCCGUUCGAAAACCCACGACGCGUAAGCCGUGUACCUCCGCAACUAGAACGCGAGAAAGGACUCGUGGACAUUUUCGCGGAUCCUCCAAAGCCUGUUAACAGUGAACGGUCUCGAGAGAGAAGAAGACCUCGUCGUCGAAACUCGGAAUCCUCCAUCAUGGAUAAGCCUUCCAAGUUCUUCGAUGCUAGUGAUGAGGAGCGCCGCCGAAGGGAGAGAAAGGAUCGCGAACGGGAUGGUCAUCCUAAAGACCGGAAGCACCAUUCGUCGAAGAAGACUCAGUACCAACUUGACAUCAUUGACAAGCUGGAUGUCACCAGUAUCUACGGGACUGGCAUGUUCCAUCAUGACGGCCCGUUUGAUGCCUGUAAUCCUAACCGAAACCGCAAGGGAAUGCGUGCCACACCGAUGCAGGCCUUCCCGAAAGAUUCGGCCAAUAUGGCGCUAGGUGGUGCAGGCCCUGUCAACUCCAAAAUGGAUUAUGACUUAUUCCAUGGCAUCACUACGGAAGCGCACACCGACUUCUCUUCGACUGGGCUAUCUGAUUCCCGUAAGAAUGAUGGUCAUUUUGAUACUAGGAAUCGCGUGGACCCCGUUCACGGGGUAGAAAGCUUGGGACUUGGGACCAGCACGUUUCUCGAGGGAACUCCCGCAAGCCGUGCAGCUAUUGAGCGACGCCAGAGUGAAACUGAGGCACAGACUUCCCAGGGCGGGUUGCAGCGGAAGAAGAGUCUUGCCCAGAGACUCCGUGGUAUCAACAACAGGAACCCUGGCGGCCGGGUUGCAUCCCCGGAGUUUUCCCAGAACGGGGGUUCCAUCUCGAGCCACAUUGGCACAAUUCCGGUGAACGGAAAGAGUCCCUUCUUCCAGGAUUAUGAUGACGCUUGGGAGAGGAAGGGUGCCAGGAUCCAGCAGGCCGAUGAGCUGCGACCUUCUGAAUCCGGAAGAAGUCGCUCUGUUAGUGCAUCCCGAACGUUUGACGAACCAACCCGCAGGUCAAACGAACGAUCUUUCUCUGGCUUAGAGGAUGGCAAACCCAAUGCAGGUGGUGGCCUAAUCAGUCGGAUGAAGAGUUUGAGGAAGCCCAAACCAGAAAGACGGAUGACCGAUGACUAA